UAAUGUUCAGCUCCCUGUUGUCCCUGUUCCAAGUGCCGGCUCUGCUGCUCUGUAACACACUCAUGCCAGUCCUCACAGACCCUCCAUACAAACCGAUCUCUCCCGUUCCUGGAGCUGUUCCUUCCUAACGUGCCAGUUGCGGCUUCAGCAACGUCGCCGGUAAAUUCUGAAGAACAUUAACGUUCAGACCGCAACGGUUGGUCAGACGCAACCGAAUCUGUCGACCAACCGCCACCGACGGUGACGUAUUGUAGUGGGUUUUGUGCUCAAAAGGAGGAGGAGUCUAUUUGUUCGCGAGAGGGAAGAGCAGCGGGUCGAGUCCGUUAAAGCAAAACUACACGGUUGUUUGGUUCACAGCUCGGUAGUUUUGCGGUGAGGGCUGCAUGAUUCCCACAUCCUGUGACUGCUACGAGUUAACGUUACACACAACACGGUCCGGAAGAGCUCGACAGCAGCGGGAGGAGGAGCACGGAGUCUGCCUCAGACGAGACGGGAAAUCGCGGGAACAUCGUUAGGCGACGCGAAAAGUCGGUUGACGAAGAAUUCUGUGGUAAAUCCAUGACUAGGAGCCUUUCGGGGUGAAGACAGCAAUGGAAAUUGUUGUGACUGAGGAGAAGAAGAAGAUUUUCCGUGCUAGGAAAACCAUGAAGAUCAGUGAUCGACAGCAACUGGAGAGUCUUCACAGCACUCUGUUGACAGCAGCUCCAGGUUUGUCUGACACUUCUCCGCCACCCCUAAUGAACGGCACACACAAAGAGGAUGGACAAAAAGUGGGGGACAAAGAGCAAAACAACAUCUCGGACUCAAACUCCCCACAAGCUACAUCCCCUGCUUCUCCUGCUCCUUUCCUGUCCCUAAAUCUAUCCCCUUCCCCAGCUUCUUCACAAAGUCCAAAAGAAAAGGAAGAAACUCCUACUUCUCCGGCAUCACCAUUCCAUUCUUUGAACUUUGAACUUAAAAAGAUGGAGGAGGAGGACGAAGAGGUGAACGAGGAGAAGAAAAGUUUGCCAUCUUCCUCACCGAAGGAGUCCGUUACACCAGCUUCAACAGAAUCCAAGGAAAACCAGGAAACAGACACUGAGGCGACUCCAGAAACGGAAAAGAAAGAGGAGGCUCAGACUACUACAGAGGACCCAGCUGUGGAUUUGUUGAAGGAUUCUGUUAAAGGUUUGGCUCCAUGUUCGCCUGUACCACCUCCAGUAUCUGACUGCACAGAACCAAUGGAUACAGAUAGUGACACUACAAAGGCCAAGGACUCUGGGGCUUCCACAGCCAAAAUGAAAGAUGAAAAGCCUUCUCCCCCCAAAUCUCCCACUACCACUGAUUCCUCUCUUCCUUGUCCUUCCCCAUCUCAUCCAGCUCCCUCCUCUAAGGAUCUAAAACAAGAAAAGGAAAUCAAAGAGGACAACAUAAAAGAAAAGGAGGAUAAAAAAGAGGGUGCGAAGAAAGCAUCAGUAAAAGAGGAAAAGAUGGAGGUGGACUCUGUGAAAGUCGAAAUCAAAGUGGAAAAAAAUGAAGUUGGACAAACAAGAAAGCCAUCUCGGCCAUCAUCCACUCCACCAUCUAAUACAGUGCAAGAGGAGAAGGGCUCCACCUCGGGACUGAAGCGCACUUUAUCAGUAGGCUCUGAAAAAGAUGGAUCACCUGUUAAAAGAGAGGGGAAGAGGCCUAAGAUGGAGCGUGAGGAGUUGGAGGCACAACUGGAACUUAAGAUCACUGCAAAGGCUGGCAGUCACCAUAAACUUGAAAAGAUUGUGCAGCAGCUGGUAGAAGAACGGUUGAGGGCCUUGGAGCAGACCUUUUUCGACAAACAUUUCCAAGAGUUGAAGGACAGAGUAGACAAAAUCGACUGUACCACCAAACACCAAACCGCCAUUAGCACACUCCAAGCCAAGAUAAACCGACUAACCAAAAAGUUUGGAGAGGCCAAUCAGGCAUCAGAGAACAAAAGGAAACAGAAGGCGCUUGCUGCUGCUACUGCCGCCACCGCUGCUGCUGCUAAUGCUGCUGCUGCUGCCAAGACUGCAACUGUUGCAAGUAUCCCUCAAGUUCAACGGCCAGUCCGUACUUCCAUGGAGGUAAAGCAGAUUCCAACAACUGUUUCUCCGUCCAGCACAGUUGCAAAUCCAGCCCCACUAGCCCCACCAGCUUCUGCCACAGGUCCAGUCCAUACAUCCACCUCCACUGCCAUGGUCUCACAGGCCCCCAUCCUCCAGCUGAUCACCUCCACCUCUAAUGCUGGCAAUACCUUGGCCACUGGCAUCACCACUCAGAGCCCCACAGGCACCCUGCUGCUAAAGACAGCCUCCGGGAGCAGCAUGGUGGCUGCGGGCCAGCCGCUGCUUAUCCAGCUGCCUUUAUCAAUGGCUAAUGGCCAGCCAGGCACGCUGGUCAACAUCCCUGUCUCCUCUUUGCCUGCAGCCAGCUCACUCAGCAAGGCCAAAACCACUGCUUCCACCACUACUUUUAUACUCAAGCCUGCUCCCGUUACUACCACUUCAUCAGCCUCUACCCCAGCUGUUGCCACUGCCCCAGCACUCCAGGCCUCCCCUGGCCAGAUGUCCUCUGCCCAGAUCUCUCUUGCCCGUGCUGUGUACCAGGGUGGCGCUGGGGCGAUAACCACACCCAAUGCAGGGGUAUCCGUGACCACAGCCAGGACACCGGCUCAGUCUGUGUCUGUAGCAGGAGCUAUGUCUUCAGCCUCUUCACCUGCAACCUCUGGGCCGGCAGCAACAGGUUCCACCGCUCCAGGACCGCCUCAAGGGACGUCUCUGACAUCAAAGACAGAUAACCAAGCUACAGGAUCCACUCCAUCCAAAGCAGUUGCUCCAGCGGCACGACCCAAAGGCUCUGUCAUCGAUCUCACAGAGGAUGAUGAUGAUGUACAAGUGACAGGUGUGAAGAAUGCCACUGUUGCAGCUCCCUCACCCACCCAGCGUACUAACCCGGUCACCAGCAUUCCCAACAGUGCAGGAGCAAGGUCGUCCCCGCAAAGCAAUCUGAACUCUCCCAGCAAUCCUCAGUUGACAGUCCACCACCGCCCCCCACUGGACUCUCCAAUGAAAUCCCGCACUGUAACCACUAGUACACCAACCCGGGGCUCAAGCACGGCACUGCCACCUCUCCCUGCUGCACCUGCACCUCCACGCUUACCCCCAGAGGCUGAGAGGACCUCACCUCCUCAGCAACCUCAACUGAAGCUAGUGCCAAGCCAGACCGGUAUAGUGCUGUCCUGGUGUGUGGCAGAAACUGAUCGGACCUGUGCAGCUGUAGACAGCUAUCACCUCUAUGCCUUCCAUCAAGACAACUCGAACAGCAAUGCAGCACAGCAGCAUUGGAAGAAGAUUGGGGAGGUGAAGGCCCUUCCUCUGCCUAUGGCCUGUACACUGACCCAGUUCCAGCCUGGCUCCACUUAUCAUUUUGCUGUCCGAGCCAAAGACAUCUAUGGGCGCUUUGGCUCCUUCUGUGAACCUCAGUGCACAAAUGUCACCAGUUCCAGCUCUAGCUGAACACUUAAGGAAUGGAAACCUUUUUUUUUGCAUUUAAAAGUCCUUGACUUCCUUUACUUCUUUUUGUGUUAGGAACUCAAAUAUCGUGCAUUGAACACAUACAGUAUCUGUAAAUAUCUCUCUACAUAACAACUGGACUUCUGACUGACUUGGAGAACUGAAGCGGCAAACAGUUGGCUUUGUCUGGUUAAUGUAUGUAAUGUAUUUUCUGUGACUCAAGCUGUUCUAUAUAAUUCAAUGACAUUGCCCCCCCUACCAAGUCAGAUAUUUAUGUUGUUGUGUCCUGUUACCCUGAUUCGGACGUCGUUUGCUUUACUUGAGAAUAGGUGACAGGACUGUUCGUGUAAACACAGAAUUGCACAGAAAUGUAUAAAUGUGUGGUAGAAACUGAAUGAUAACUUUUGUAAGUUUUGUCUGGCGACCAGACUUUGACAAAUACAAUAAAAGGUUUUAUUAAA